AUGAUUUACCAAAUCACCCACACAAUCAUAUCAGCUUUUGGCAUCAUGGUUAACGGAUUCAUGAUGUAUCUGGCAUUGACCAAGUCGCCAAAAAUAAUGCGGCCAUGCUCGGUGAUCAUCACGAUAAAGACCGCGACGGAUAUUCUGGCUUCAUUGACAAGUUUUUUCGUGAUGCAGAGAUUAAUCACCGACGGCACCUCGAUCUUCAUAAUCCCUACCGGUCCGUGCACCCGCAUUUCCCCGAUCGCCUGUUACUCCGGGCACAUGUUCAUGAUAUGUUUUCUGGAGCACAACUUGAUCUGGAUGAUUUCUUCCUAUAUCUUCCGCUACUAUAUCCUUUACGUCCGAGACCCAUCCGUCCAAACAUUGUGCCUCACUGCAUGCUGCCUGUCGAUCCCAUCUCUGAUCCAUAUAUCCACGUGGAUCAGCUUCUAUGAACCUGUGGAGCUUUCGACGGAGCUCACCAAGAUAGUUGAGCUCUAUCCAAACGAUAUAGUUCUUGGCGGAUCUAUAAUUUACUGGUCGACCCUAGUACUGAUGGUCCAGCUAUUUUUCACAGCAUUUUUGGUGGUGUUGACUUAUUUUUGGAUCCGAGAUGUUCUUGUGUCAUUCUCCACUAAAAUGGGCGGUGUGACUUUAGAAUUGAGACAUUUGAAUUGAGUACUUGUUAAGAUCGUAACAUUUCAAGUUUUCCUUCCAUCUUUCACAUUUCUGGGUGUUCUCAUCUUUGUCGGCCAGUACACUCGCGUUAUCAGCUCCACAUAUUCCCAAUACCUCAUCUCAAUAGUUUUUAUGUUUUCUACAAUAUUCUCUCCAUUUUCCUACAUGUUAUUUGUACCCCAUUACCGAAACGUGCUGAUUGUCACCCCAAAAAGGGCAGAUUCACGUGAAAUUUACAGUGGACAGAAGCAAAUGAGCACAUCAAUUAUCAAUACUAACUCUACAAUUACUUCUUGA